UUUUUAAAUGAGAUUUAUACAUGAGAAAAUAAAACUAUUAUAUAAUACUACAAUACUUUUCCUCUCUUCAUAUCAUUAAUAUUACUAACAAGAACACCAACAAACAGUCAUACACAAAAAAAUUAUGAAAUGAAUACUGUAAUAUUAAGUAAAAUUAUAAAUACAAGCUUAAAUAAAAGGUGGUGUGAACCAUAAUCAAAUUCAUUGAUUUUUUAUUGGUAUUCAAUAAUUUUGAUUAAUAAUCCCUUUCAUAUAAUUCAUCGCUCUGAAAUCAUAAGCACAAUCACACGUUAUAAACGCCUCAGUUCCCACCCAUUUGGGAAUCAAUCAAUACUUGUUUGAACACACAGUCAACUGACCAAGCUUGAAACUGUGAAGAGGAGGCCAGUCUCCGGAAUACAAACUAAACAAUAUGGACUUGUUGUAGAUAUUAUGGGAAUUAUAAAAUCACGGAUAUUAGACAAGUUCCAAUCACUCAAUUCAAAUCCAUGGCUACACCUCAACAAAAUGACUUCUGAACACAGCAAUGCUAAAGACUUUAAUCUAUUUGUCUGUCCCAUGUGCAGACGAAAAUACAAUCAGCAAGAUCAAAGUCCACAUGAACUCAGCUGUAAACACAUAUUCUGUGCCUCCUGCAUUAAAGAUCUCCUGAACAAAGAGAGUACUGAACCUGAAGAACUAAAUGUUAUCUGUUGCCCCAUAUGUCAGGAAUUCCUGCCACAGUGCACAAGGAUCGAUGAUCUGGUUAAAGCAGACUACAUCUUCCAAAUCAAAGAUGCACUUGAUUGUAAUACGCAAAAUGUCGGUAAUUCUUGUCAAGCUUGUAAGCUUGGGCAGGAUGCAAUAUCCUGGUGUGGUCACUGCCGCCAGGAAAUCUGCCAGUACUGUGCAGACGUCCAUUCAACGAUGAGUAGUUUCAAAGACCACACUGUGUCUGCUCUGAUAGAUCCAGAUAUUGACACACUGAAGAUGAUCGAAUACUGUUUAGUCCACAGACAGUGUACCCUGUCAUAUUAUUGUGCUACUUGUAAGAAGAUUAUCUGCCCCAGUUGUAAAGAGUUAGAACAUGCAGAUGAAGAGCAUGAUGUCAGUCCGCUGGAGGACAUACACAAGGUUCGAGAUGAAGAAUUCAGCAGACUUGUCACAGAGGCACAGAGCAAACAAACUCAAUCUAUUGAUUAUAUAAGUAAAGCAAAAAUGUCUGAAGCAACUCUGCAGACAAAUGUUGCUCUUGCCAUUAAAAAUGUUUAUGAGAUCCGCAAAGAGCUGGACGAUAUGAUUGACUGCUGGAUGAGAAAUCAGUUAGAAAAGAUUGAACAGACACAAAGAGAUGUUUUAAAUGGCAUAUUGUCAGACAAGGAGCAUGUUCUCUUGCAGUUCAAUUUCCUGGGUCAUGACUUAGAUUAUCUCAAACCAUUGACCCAGUCAGACAAAAGCAUGGCCCUCAGGUCAGCUCAAAAACACUGCAAGCCAAUACUGGCACAGCUGGUAAAGCAGGAGAUUCCAGAACUACCAAUGGAUUCUUAUUUGGUGUACAAAUUAAAUCCAGAAAAAAUUGCAUGCCUUCCGUUGAUACUUGAGGGAUUUGGAUUGGUGCAUAUAAAGGUAAACCUAGCAAAAACAUCAUUUAAAAUCCCAGCAAUCUUAAAAAAUCAAAAUGCAGAAAUAACCGUCCUUCCAUCUGAUGAAAGUGGGUCAUCAUCAAUGGGUGGUCUGCAAAUGAAGGCCUCAGUUGUCACACCAUCUGGUGAAUCACUAGAGUUGACGAUUACACUGGAUAAUGGUGAUGGCACCUACACAGUAAAGUUCAAACCAAACAUGAGUGGCUUACACAAACUUCAGGUGUCAUUUCCAAAUCAAGAGCAUGGCACACUAGAGCAUUCAUUCCCAGUACAUGAUGUCAGCUGCCAUUCAACAACUGAAUUCAAUGAAUUCUUUGAUUUGAUAAUUACUCCAGUCAAAAAGACAAAAGCUGAAGAUAUCUCCAAGUUAAAUGAUGUUGUUACGGAGUUGGUUGACCCAACUGGUACCAAGAUGCAAAGUACAGAGAAGAAAUAUUUUGGUGGCGUUUACAUUCAUCGCUACAAACCAAUCUUAUUGGGAGAUCACAAGAUUAACUUGCACCUUAAGGGCAAGCUUAUAGGAGAACUUAACAUCAAUGUGUACCAGUCUUGGAAGUGGGAACAUGCACAAGCCACUGAUGUAAUGAGCAUUGAAAAGGACCACUUCUUUGUCUGUGGCAGAGGCAAAUUUAACAAAGAUAAAAUAAUGAUGAUUGGAUCUGAUGGUAGGUAUAUCAGCAGUGACCAUUUGCCUGAACAAUGUCUGUUGCUGACUUUAUGUCAUGAAAAAUUAAUUUAUGGACUUUUCAAAGAUGGAGACAAUUACAAGGUUCAAAGCUUCGACCAAAAUUGGCAACAACUGACAACCACCAACAUCAAUGACCUCCAACAACCAACAGCACUGGUAGUCACCAAAAGUAAACAUAUUUUAAUUUGUGACAGGAAACUGAGCUGCAUAUUCAUGUGCGCUGUAGAGAGCAACAUCAUUUCAAAGAUUGGCAGCAAGGGAAAAGAAUUAGAAUAUUUCCUUGAGCCAUCUGACAUGUGCAUUAUGGGGGAUAAUGAGCUGCUUGUGUGUGACAGUGGUAACAAGCGUCUACAACUUCUGGACAUGCUUGGAAAAUGCAAAGAGGUGUUCUCUCAGGAUGUUUUUAGUGACUGCCUGGCAAUCUCAUUUACUUCUGAUGAUGAUCUGGUGGUUGUCACUACAAAACAACUGCACCACCUGCACCGAUUAUCAAGCCGUGUUCUUCAAACUGUACAAUUAAAAUGCUUGGGUAACCAUACAGGCAUUGGCAAACAAAUAAAACACAAGGUUGUGUGUCUUGGUAACACUUAUGCUGUGGUGGUCUGCAGUGUGCAAGGCUUACGAUCAACCACUUCGAUUUUGAUGAAGUACUCAAUUUGACAGAGAGAGAACCCCUCUAAAACUUUUUCAAAACAAACUACUUAGUACAUGGUGAAAAAGCAUAAAUUCAUAUACAGGUCUCCUCCAAAUAAAUACCACUAUUGAGACAAGGGUUUUCAUGGCAGCUUUGGUCUUUAAUUAGAUUUUAAAAAUUAGAUAAAAUAUGGGAAUUCACUUUGGACUGCAGAAAGGUGGUUUUAAAUACUGGUGGUCUAUAAUUGGAGAGAUCUUUAAUAAGAGAAAGACCUGUGUUGUGAAGUGUAUAUACUUGAAUCUUAGCAUACAGUACUAAGCCUCAUUUUAGGAGCCUAUAUAUACUUAUAUCCUUAUUUUAAACCAUUGAUUUAGGGGGUUUGUGUAAAUAAUGGCAAA